GCCUGAGUGCAAAGUUAAUGCCACCCUCUGUAGAAAGUCCUCCUCCUGUAGCAGGAGCCCCAUUUACUGGAGACUGUUUGAAGGGCAGCAGGUAAAGAAGAGGAAGGCACCAUGGCAAACGCUUCAGAUCAGAAAGUGGAGUUUGUGCGAACAGGUUACGGCAAGAAAACGGUGAAGGUGCUGGUCGUCCGGAGGCAGGGAAGACAGCAUUCUAUCAUUGAGGUGAAGGCUGAUGUGGAGCUCACGCUCAAGUCACACAAAGAUUAUCUAACUGGAGACAACUCAGACAUCAUCCCUACUGACACCAUUAAAAACACUGUCCACGGUUUGGCCAAGCUCAGAGGGAUAAAGAACAUCGAACAGUUUUCCCUGGAUAUCUGCAAUCAUUUCCUAACCUCUUUUAACCAUGUGCUGAAGGCCAAAGUUUACAUGGAGGAAGCUCCGUGGAGAAGGCUGGAGAAGAGUGGGGUAGAGCAUGCUCAUGCGUUUAUAUUCAGCCCAGAAGCUUACCGCUUCUGUGAUGUUGAACAGACUAUCGGUGGCAUCCCUGUGGUCCACAGUGGGGUGAAGAAUAUGAAGGUGCUGAAAACCACCCAGUCUGGUUUUGAAGGUUUCUACAGAGACCGCUUCACUACUCUGAAAGACGCCAAGGACAGGUUUUUCUGCACCUCUGUGUACUCGAGGUGGCGCUACAACAAGAUCCAGGACACUGACUUUGACGCUGCUUGGAAGACUGUGAAGGAGACGAUUAUUGAGAAGUUUGCUGGCCCCUAUGAUCGCGGGGAGUACUCGCCCUCAGUGCAGAAGACCCUGUAUGAAACUCAGGUUCUAGUCCUGGAUCGACUUCCUGAGGUGGAUGAAAUAGAGAUCAUCAUGCCCAAUGAGCAUUACUUCACCAUAGACAUGACAAGAAUGGGUAUUGUCAACAAUGAUGAAGUACUCCUUCCUCUGGAUAAUCCCUCAGGGAACAUAACGGGGACAGUACGCAGGAAGCAGCGAGCACGGCUCUAACGGCGCCCACAGAAAGAAGGCCCUGCUGGGAUUUAAACAAUCCGAGUGGGCCGUUUAACAGAAAGAUCCAUCUGAAUUAACCUUUCAAACAAAUAUUCCAACAACAGCAAGUUAAUAUUUGUAGCCUGACUAAAGCUCGUGAUGAUGUGAUGUGAACCCAAAUAAAAUGAAACUAAAGACA